CUCUGUCAUUUUGUAACUCUCUCGGUGGACCUCUUCGGGUUUUUAUUUUUAUUUUUUAGUCAUUUGACUCGAGAACUAGGGAGGCAGGAAGAGCACUCCAUUGAGAGUGAAACGCGUCUUCGUCGCUCGAAACCCAUUCGGUCUUCCUUCCACCCUUGAACUCGUUGAUCUGGGGGUCUUCCCUCUCGAGCCGCAAGCCUCUCCCUUUUUCAUUCUAUCUCCCUCUCCUUAUAUACGGUCUUUUUCUGUACAGGCUUUUUGUUAUCUUCUGAAUCCGCUUUCCAUUCCCUCUCUUUUUAUCUAUCGCUGUUUUUGCCCUUUUAAGCCGCUAAAAGAUAUUGAUCCCUUUUUUGAGUUGUUUGGUGAUUCCCUUCUUCCCGUGAUUAUGGAAUUCUUUGUUUGUUUCCUUUUGUAGUUUUAAACGAACCUGAGGCCCUGAUUCCGCACAUUUUUCGGGUUCUGCCUCUACGCGAACUCUUUUGCUUCCAUUCUUUCGAUCUGAUUUUGAAACCGCAGUGAAUUUUGGAACGAAGCGGCUUCUGUGUCUCGAAUGCGGCUGGACGCGUUAGUCUUCCACAGUUUUGAAAGAGUUGGGGGUUGUUGGAGCCCCCAGUUGAUGACCAAAAUUUCGUUUCGGUAGAAAUUCAACAAUUUGUUUUGUUUUCAGAUAAUUUGCUCUGGUUUGGACAUAGAACGCAAUUGUUUGUGUAAAAAACUGAUUUUAGUUCUUUUGGCUAAUUUUGGUUCUUGAAUUUGUUUAUUUUGUGCACGUUUUUGAGUUUGCUCAUGUGAAGGCCGCUGAAGCCUGUUUAUCCUCAACAUUUUGCCGUCUGCAAGGACGUCCUUGGUGUUAAUUGUUUUUUUGAAAGAUAUUUUCUUUCACUAUUUGAUAACAAAAGAGUACUAAUUUUGUUGAUCUUCAUACUGUUAUCACCUUUUGUUCCCUACAUAGAGUCCAGGGACAAACAAAUUCUUCUUGUUCUGAGCUUGUAUUAGAUAUAGUGCUGAAAUUUGUCAUCUGGAAUGAAGCUCGCUGUCCGUGUAAUUGAAGCUAGGGACUUGCCAGCGAAGGACUUCAAUGGGUUUAGUGAUCCAUAUGCCAAACUCCAACUUGGAAGGCACAGAUGUAGGACAAAGGUUGUGAAGAGGAACCUUAAUCCUUCAUGGAAGGAAGAGUUCAGUUUUAAGGUUGACGAUUUGAACGAGGAGCUAUGCAUAUCAGUGCUGGAUGAGGAUAAAUACUUCAAUGAUGAUUUUGUGGGUCAGUUGAAAAUUCCAGUAGCAAAGGUCUUUGAUGCGGAAGGUCACGUUUUGGCGCCAGAGUGGUACCCUCUGCAACCUCGAAACAAGAAAUCCAAGAAUACGGAUUGUGGUGAAAUUUUUCUGGCGCUUUCCUUGUCCCAAAAUGAUUCUCCUCAUGAUCAAUUUCCAAAUGUUCCUAAUGGUGAAGGCACGGCUCACUCAGAAAAAUCGUUUGAUUCAUCAUUAGUCUCUGAUGGUUCUGUAACUUCAGCAGCAUCAUGCAAGGAAGAAGUAAGUUUUAGUGAAGAAGAAAAGCCAUCUACACAAUCUCUUGCAGGGCGUCUUGUUCAUAUACUACUAAAUCGAAACAGUGAGCCACCUGCAACAAACAUUGAAAAACUUGCUGUGCCAGAGUUGCGGGAGUCUUUACCUGUUCAAGACACCAUGUCGGAAAGUUCUAAUGAUCUAUCUUCUGUUGGUACAUUUGAAGAAGCACUUAAAAGCCUUCAAUCAAGAGAUCAAGGGCAAGAUAUGCCACCCAAUUUAACGUCAGGUGUGCUUCUGGACCAGAACUAUGUGAUCUCGCCAUGGCAUCUCAAUUUUCUUCUUUUUGCUCCGGAUUCAACAUUUAUGAAAUCCCUUGUAGAGAUGCAAGGGACAACAGACCUUGUAGAAGGGCCGUGGAAGCUUGAGGAGACUCUCAAGAGAGUGGUGACAUACACAAAGGCUCCUACAAGAUUGAUUAAGGCUGUGAAAGCCACGGAAGAACAAACAUACUUAAAAGCUGAUGGGAAAUCUUUUGCAAUCCUAGAAAGUGUGAGCACUCCUGACGUUCCAUAUGGUAGCUGUUUCAGGGUUGAAUUACUUUUCUGUGUAAACCCUGGACCAGAAAUACCUUCAGGGGAACAAACUGCUCACCUUGUAAUAUCUUGGCGCAUGAAUUUUCUUCAGAGUACAAUGAUGAAAGGCAUGAUUGAAAAUGGUGCAAAACAAGGGCUCAAGGACAACUUUGAUCAAUUCUCACAUCUGCUUGCAGAUACUGUUAAACCAUUGGACUUAACAGAAGCUGGGUCAGAAAAAGAAAGGGUAUUGUCGUCUUUGCAGACAGAGCAGGAAUCUGACUGGAAACUUGCAUGGCGAUUCCUUGGGAACUGUACUAUGUUGUCUGGACUUGUUAUCGGUUUCCUGUUUUUUCUGCACAUCAUGUUAUCCAAGCCAAACUCAAAGCAGGGCCUUGAGUUCGAUGGUUUAGACAUGCCAGAUUCGAUUGGUGAAGUGUUGGUAGCAGGAAUUCUUGUUCUUCAGGGGCAGCGUGUUCUUGAAAUGAUUUCGCGCUACAUGCAGGCAAGAAGACAAAAAAGCAGUGACCAUGGAGUCAAAGCACAGGGAGAUGGGUGGUUACUUACUGUGGCUUUGAUCGAGGGAACCAAGUUAGCUCCUGUUGAUGCAACUGGAUUUUCAGAUCCAUAUGUUGUUUUCACAUGUAGUGGGAAAUCAAAAACGAGCUCAAUCAAGUUUCAGACACUGAAUCCCCGAUGGAAUGAAGUAUUUGAAUUUGAUGCCAUGGAUGAUCCCCCAUCUGUCAUGGAUGUUGAAGUAUAUGAUUUUGAUGGGCCAUUUGAUGAGGCAACAUCUCUUGGACAUGUCGAAAUUAAUUUCCUAAAAUCUAAUUUGGAUGAUUUAGCUGAUAUAUGGAUUCCUUUGAAAGGAAAAUUGGCUCAAACUUACCAGUCUAAAUUGCACCUAAGAGUUUUCUUAAGCAAUACAAAAGGCACUGAAGUUGCUAGAGAAUACAUAUCAAAGAUGGAGAAGGAGGUCGGUAAAAAGAUAAACGUUCGCUCACUUCAAACAAAUACAGCAUUUCAGAAACUCUUUGGGUUGCCACCAGAGGAAUUUCUUAUCAAUGAUUUUACUUGUCAUUUGAAGCGAAAAAUGCCACUCCAGGGUCGUCUUUUCCUGUCAGCAAGAAUUAUAGGAUUUCAUGCAAACUUGUUUGGUCAUAAAACAAAGUUUUUCUUUCUCUGGGAAGACAUUGAAGAUAUCCAAGUAAUACCUCCAUCCUUGGCAUCAGUUGGUAGUCCAUCACUGUUGAUUAUUUUGCGCAAGGGCAGGGGCAUGGAUGCCAGGCAUGGUGCAAAGGCUCUAGACGAAGAAGGAAGACUUCGUUUUCAUUUCCAGUCAUUUGUAUCAUUCCAGGCAGCGAAUAAGACAAUCAUGGCUCUCUGUAGAGCGAGGUCUUUGACACUGGAGCAGAAAAUGCAAAUAGUGGAGGAGGACUCCGAUACAAAAAGCAUCCAGAAUGAAGAGAAUGAAUCUCUUUUGGGUAAUGAGGAUGUGAUCAUGAAGGAAGUUUAUUCCUCUUUGCAAUCCAUCCAUAUUGAUGCACUAAUGGAGCUGUUUGAUGGAGGUGAUUUGGAAAGGAAAGUAAUGGAGAAGGUGGGAUGUAUUAACUAUGUGUGCACAGCAUGGGAGUUAAAGCAGAGACAGCUCUCUUAUAAGUUUGACAAGCGUAUCUCUCGUUUUGGAGGAGAGGUGAACAGCACUCAGCAGAAGUCUUUUCUUCCUGGUCAAAAGGGAUGGAGCAUUGAAGAGGUGAUGACACUGCAAGGCGUCCCACUUGGUGACAAUUUUAAUCUACAUUUAAGAUACCAGGUUGAGAAUGUACCUUCAAGAUCAAAGGCUUGCAAUGUCCAAGUUUAUUUAGGAAUUCAGUGGCUGAAAAGUACAAAGCAACAAAAAAGAAUUAGUAAAAAUAUAGAAGCAAAGCUCACAGAGCACUUGAAGGAAAUCUUUGUCAUUGCCCAGAAGGAAUUUCUAUUGGCGAAGCCUCUGGAACCUCUGCAUAAAGGGCAAUCAAUUUAAUUAGGGUUUUGGAUCCUGAGUAUAGUCCUCAGUUUUGAAUUUGCGGGUGCCAAUUUUUUGGUGAAAGAUAUACGGAUUGGUGGAAUAAAUUAACAGGCUCUUCGUCGAUCAGGGGUGGAACCAUCUUGAUGGUCAUGCACACAUCAAAGAUGGACUGUUUUGGAGACUAGAAACUGUUCCAAAAGCAUGUCUGUGAAGGAGAGUUGGACCUUCACCGAAGCAUGUACAUAUUCAGGUUGUUGAAGACUUCUAAACACCAGCAUCUCAGCCUUCAAGUUUUGGAAUAUUCUACCUCGCAUUUGUCACCGAAUCCAUGAGGAGAGAAAAUGAAACUGGAGAAGAUCAACUAAGGCUUUUGGAAGAUUGCCUCUAAGGAGAUUCUAGUAUUUUAAUGGAUGAUGUAUUUCACCCUGAACAGAAUAUUUGAAAUAUUAACGUCCAUCUCAAACAACUUCUCGUUCUUUUGACAUUGUAGAAGCCUGAGGAAGCCCACCCACCAGUACUUUCAGUCUAAGUGUGCGCAGGAUCAAUCUUGCAACAGAUGAGGAUGCCAGAGCAGCCUGUGUGUCGGAAAAGUUGCAAUUGGGUGCUAAUAACCGUGAAGUUGGUGGAAAUAUGACUUUCAUGGGAGCCUUCAACGAUGCACAUUUCAUCGAUAAUGCACAAACUUUGUACAAAGAACUAUUUUGUAAUAAGGUGAGAUACAAUAGAAAACGAGUUUUGUUGGUUCUGCUUUCCUAAGCUAGAAAUUGUAUAUUGUAUACUAUGUGGUGUCUUUAUUUUUUGAAAAUUCUCAAUUUACCGUUGAAUUCCAAGUCUA